AUGGCAGCCAAGAUCACAGUCGGCCAGGUUCCGGCCAUGUUUGCUCGGCGUCAACAGAAGGUGUUUGGUGUCGGCAGACGCCUGCAAUCCACCUCUUCCGCAACCCAGAACCCCGCCUAUCCGCUCUACCCCUCCGUCGCCCAGCUCCUCCGUGAGAAGGGCAUCCCCAAGUCCGACGUCUCCAAGAUCCCAGCCUCGGGCCCCAAGGGUCGUCUCUUGAAGGGCGACGUCCUUGCAUACAUCGGUCAGAUCCCCGCGGACUACCCGUCAACCCAGGCCGCCACUCUGGCCAAGCUCGCCCACCUCGAUCUGAGCAACAUCAAGAUCGCCCCGGCUCCGGCCCCAGCUGCGCCAGCUGCGAAGAAGCUCCAGGAUAACCUGGGUGUGACGGUCCCGCUGUCCCGCUUCCUUGCCGUGGCUACAGACCUUGCCAAUGACGAUCUGCCCCGCUUGGCUAGCUCCAAGCCCUCCGCCGAUGAGCUCUUCGAUGAGGUUCUCGGCGCCAAGCCCAUCAACACAUCUCGCGGUGAUUACGUUCCCGAGCUGAACGCUUUCGAGGCUCCCAAGACUGUCCGCUCUAAGCCUGUCACCGAGGACUUGAUCGAUUUCCUUAGUGCGAAGUCGUCUAAGAAGUCUGCGCCUGCGGCUGAGGUUGAGAGCUCGGCUGGUGUUGCUUCCAAUGUUUUCAGCUUGACUGUCCCUGCUGGUGAGGAGGUCCGCGCUAAGGCAUUCCUGGAGCGGAUCAAGACUCUUCUCUCGGUAGAGCCGGCGCGCUUGGUGCUUUAG